UUUUUUUUUUUAAAAAAAAAAAAAAAAAAGCCCAUCGUUUCUUACAACAAGGUGAAUUAUACGAUCAAACAAGAAAGUGGAAAUUUACAAGAUAUAUCCCACCGAGCAUCACGCCUGAGAAAGGUCGCAUUGCUUUAAUAAAUUCGAUCAAUUAAAGAAAUCGAGUCAUACCAGCGCAGGAGUAUUUUUCUAUCCUACCUCUUACCAGGUACACAGACUAAGAGAGCCAUACCUUAGGCUAGGUACCCAUCAUCAUGAACCACAUGGACAUGCAUCGAGAAUUGAUCCUUCCAUACCCUUUGGAGGCGACAAUCCCAACUGGCCCUGAUCUGAAGCCAGAAGUUUCAGCCAAUUCUGUCGAGCACCAGAAGCAUCAUUCGAAACUGACACGCAAGCAUAUCCGCACACGCGAAGACCCAUAUGCGUUCCUUAAGCACUUCGACACGGUCUUCCUUAUCGAUGAUUCCAAAUCGAUGGAAAAGCACUGGAACGAGGUUGGUACGCUGCUCGAAAAGAUCGCACCGAUAUGCACGGAGCGUGAUCCCAACGGCGUAGAUAUCUACUUCGUGAACCACCGCCCGCGCGGGUACUACAUGUAUGCCGCAUUCAGCCUUGACGCAGAUCGUUCCGGGUACCUGCACAUUGGACAGGCAACCGGAGUACCAGGUAUGCGUGACAAUGUCGCGGGAAUCUUCGGCAGGAUUAAGGAGCUUGGAAGUCACUGCCGCCUCGACCGCCGGCUUAGCUAUAUCCUGGAUCGUUACGUACACGACUACGAACGAAGUCGUAGACACCACGGAGCGGAAUUAGGAAGCACAGCCAGGCCGCUUAAUCUUAUAGUGAUCACGGCCGGUAUAACGGAUGAUAAUCCUUACGACACGCUGAUUCGAACAGCCCGGAAGUUGGAUAUUUUAGGGGCGCCACCGUACCAGGUCGGUGUGCAGCUUUUUCGCGUGGGCGACGAUGAAAGUGCACGCCAGGCGUUUGACGUCGCGGACAACGUUUUGAGCGACGCAUUAGACAUCAGAGAUAUAGUAGAUACGACGACGUGGAGUGGGAAGCUGGGUGAUUUAUCGCCCGAUGCUAUGCUGAAGGUCGUGCUAGGGGCUGUGGAGAGAUCUAUUGACAAACAGAAUGAGUAGGGUCGAAAUAUGUCCAACCUGCUUAUCCUGGAAGCUGGGUUAUCUAGAUUUCGCUUUUUUUCUUUUGUGCGAGAGGGGAUGGCAUAUAAAA